AUGUGGAGCAGGAUGCCUAAAAAGUUUAAGCAGGUGGUGAAGGGGUUCAGGGACUCCCUUUUCCGAGGGAGUUCCUUGAGCGCUAGUAAGAAGGAGCAGCUCUACAGAAGCCUACACCCAGAGUUACAGGGCCAGCCCUUGGGGUUUCAGAGAGGCGAUGAUGAGGAUGAGGAUCAGGAUCAGGAUCAGGAUCAGGAUGAGGAUGAGGAUGAGGAUGAGGAUGAGGUUGAGGGUGGAGGUGAGGAGGCUGAGGCAGGAGGUGAGCAGGGAGAGGGUGGAGGUGGAGAUGAGACUGAGGCUGAGGCAGGAGGUGCGGCUGAGGGUGGAGAUGAGGCUGAGGCAGCUCCAGCAAGGCGUCCACGUAAGUUUAGAAGGCCUCAUGCCGUACAACCUCCACCUGUUCCGAGCUCCGAGACGGGGAAGACGGUGAUCUCCCCCGAGAAGGUGUUUCAAGUAAAUGCCUAUCGGUUGGUGAAGGAGGCCCUGUACGAGGCAAGGAUUCAGGCCACGUGCAUGUAUUAUCAACAAAUUUUAGGGCAAAAGAUGAACAAGAAGACAGGGGCCUCGAGUAUAUACCUUCGCGAGGAAGAGUAUCGUAAGGUGGUGGUUCCGUGGAUGUCUAACCGGCCAGAGGCCUACGCAGCUUGGUGUGGGGUAUGGGCUUCUGAAGCCUUCCAACAGAAGUCAAAAAGUCACAGGGACAAUCGAGGCACCAUGCCGAACCACACCUUCGGUGGCGACAACUUCACGCGAAAGGCGAAACGCCUGGAAGCUCAAUUAGGUCGCGAGCCGACUCCCAUCGAGGUGUGGGAAGCUGGCCAUAGGGGAAGCGACCCUUCCAACCCUUUGUGCAGCCAGACACAAAGGGAGCGUCUGGUGAGCUGUUGUCCUCAAUAUUCGGUUAAUGCUCGCAACGUACUAACUAAGGUUAUAUAAUCGAUACAGGCGGCAUAUGCGGAAGAGAUGAAGGA